UCUGCGCUCCAGUCUCAGCGCCACUAUCGGACCUGCGCGAGGUAAAGCUGACGUCACUGCUUCGUGGCCGUCGCCGACUUUCCCUGCAGGAGCAAGUACUAGACAAGCAUGGCAGAAGAAGAUACUAGUGCAGAAGACUAUCCAACAGAAAUUCAUGACUAUCUGUCAGCAUUUGAGAAUUCUCUUCGUUCUGUAGAUGAAAUGCUAAAGACUAUGAUGUCAGUUUCCAGAAAUGAGUUAUUACAAAAGUUGGAUCCACUUGAACAGGCCAAGCUGGAUUUAGUUUCUGCUUAUACAUUGAAUUCAAUGUUUUGGGUUUACUUGGCUACUCAAGGAGUUAAUCCCAAGGAACAUCCAGUAAAGCAGGAAAUAGAUAGAAUAAGAAUAUAUAUGAACAGAGUCAAAGAAAUUACAGACAAGAAAAUGGCUGCCAAACUGGAUAAAGGAGCUGCUUCAAGAUUUGUAAGAAAUGCUCUCUGGGAAGCCAAACCGGAAAAAGGAUCAAAGUCCUCAAAUAAAGGAAAAAGGAAAAAAUGAAUUUUUGGUUUUGUUUAGCGAAUAUUCUAGAAGUAUUCUAUAUUAACUUUUGGCCCUUUCCCUUCAAAAAUAAAUAGAAAAAUGCAAGAAGAUUGUGUUGAAUUGUAUGAAACUAGAUCUAAAUAUGUGUUGAUGUGAAAUUUUUCACUUGAAAUUUGUUACAUAAUAUCGCCCCCAAUAUUUGAAUUGAUUUUUCUAAUUCUUAAAAGUUUGAAAUUUCAUAUUUUAUUAAGUAUCAAUCUAUAAACUUACAUUUUAGCUUGGUAUUUUUUGUAAACAUAUUUGCUAAUAUAAUGGUCUUAUAAAUUAUAUGAAGACUGAAAGUGAAAUUCAAUGUUACAAGUACAUCUGUUUUCAGUACAUAUUGUGUUAAAAUAGGAUGAAGCAAUGAAAUAUUUAUAAUGCAAUUAUGACUUUUUUGUUUCUAGAAAUCAUUAGUCUUCUAAAAAUAAAUAAAUAAAUGAAAUCUAUUAACUUAAAGGAUCAUAUGUAGAUUACAACUAUUUGUUUGCAACAUUCAUUUAAAAAUAAAUGGAACUGUUUAAAUAAAAGUCAAGGAUUCAUGCUGAGGACUAGAUUUCAUGUAAAGAAUUGUAAAUUCUUUGCACUGGAAAGGACCUCAGAUGUCAUUUGUUUUCACAUCUUCAUUUUACUGACCAGGAAGCUGCGGCUCAGAAGUGACUUGUUCCUAUUCUCUUGUUCUGAAAGCAAGGGUUGUUAUUUUUAUUGUUUUAAUGGCUCUUUAGUAAGUUUUUUCAGAUAAUUCACUUAAGAUAGUCAUCCUGUUCACAGGAAUUGGGUUUCAGAGGUUCCUAUGAAUAGUUAGUUAUAAUUAUCUUUUCUCAAUUAGAAAUACUUAGCUAUUCAAGCUCUUCUUUUUUAAUGCUUUGUCUAUUCCAGUUAUGUUUUCUUAAGUUAACAUUAUGAUAAUAGUUGCAAGUGUCUGUGUCCAGCAGAAUCCAAGCAGUGAGGCUACAGCAUCCUUAUACAUUGUCUAAUUUUGUUGUGACAAGUGAUAAUUCUGUAUUGAACUUUUCAGUGUCCCGUGAAUUUUAAGUUCAUGAACUUUGACUGUAUAUUUCCAAUUAAUGCAAAUGUAAAAAACCCAUACUACCACAUACAGGAAUGCCAAGAACAGUAAAAUACGUUAAUUUUUGAGAAAGAAGAUGAUAUGGUUUCAGUGUGAUUAAUUUUCUAUAUGUAACCUUGAAUAAAUGGAUUUCUUGAUUUAUAGAAACAGAUAUUGGAAAUGGUCUUAAAAUGUAAUGGAUUUUGUAAAGCGUUUUGGGCUCUUUCUGUGACACGUGAAGAGGAAAGCAUUGAUGGAGGCACAAAUUCUAUUCUACCUAUAAUGUCAGAUAAUUUGAAGAGUAGAAGAGCAUUUAUAAUUACUGCAGCCUCUCAAAUUUAUUUUCUCUAAAACAACUUUUAUAAAAUUAUUAUGGUAAGGUCAAAUGCAACAUGCAUGUUUUUGUGUUGUCUUUAGAUAUUAUGUAAUGGUUAUUUCUGAAUAUUUCUGAUUUUUAUAAAGGCCGGAAAAAUAAAAUUUUUUGUCAUACAUGAA